UUUUAGGGAAAUUCGUUGUCAUAGGUUCAGUUUUGGUAUCAAUGUUUAGUGAAUUGUGAAAAAUGUCGGAUACAUUUUGUGUUUUCAAUAUAUUUCCAUAAAUAAUUGUCCGUAUUGUUUUAAUAAAUCAUCAAAAUCGACUAAGUUUGAUGAAAUAUCUAUUCUGCAUUUAAAGUAUAUUGAUAAGCUACUUGAAAAUACGAAUUUUUAUUGUGUAAUGAAUCCCUACGUCAGCGUUUGUUUGAUUAGUUGAAUUCUUACAAUGGAUCAAGCACAAAGUAGUGCAUCAGGAGCUGCUUUCCACCAGUUGAGCAUUACAAUUGAAUCAGCUCACUUGAGACCCAAUACUCUACUGAAACCAACACCUUAUGUGGAGAUUUUAGUGGAUGAUAGAGCUCCGCAGAAGACAGAAACUGUCAAAACAAGCAGUUUACAACCCAAAUGGAAUGAAACAUUUACAUGUUUAGUUACACCACACUCAGAAAUAGUGUUUGCAGUUAAAGAUCAUAAUAGCUUUAGGAAGGAUACAAUCAUUGGAGAAAAAAAGGUUGAUUUGUUCAUGUUAUUGUGUUAUUUUAAUGGAAGAUGUGAUAAUCUUGAUGUAACUCUGGAUUUGUUAAGUGAAGCUAAACAACCUGAUUCACCAAUUAAAGUUGGAGAAUUGAAAUGUUUCAUACAGGGAUUAAUAGUUGAUAUGGCUCAGUUGCGCUCAAAUGAAUCUUUACCAUUGGGACAGAACAAUACAGAACCAAGAAAUGUUUUGAAAGGUAUUAGGGCUCAAAUUAGAAAUCAGGGAUCUGAAAAUAGGAUGCCGACAUCAAAUUCUUCAACAUUGUCAGCUAGAAACAGUACAGAAAGAUUAGAAGCAAGAAGAAAUCAAGGAGUAGCACCAAUGAGUUCUUUAUCUGCAUCCAACAGUACAACCAGUAUACCUAAUGGGAGUAUUGGUCCUCCGGUGACAGUACCAAAUGGAAAUAUUGUUCAGAAUGAGUCUGAGGAAGCUAGAUCAGAUUCAGAUCCUUUACCACCUGGUUGGGAACUCAGAUUUGAUACUUAUGGUCGUAGAUACUAUGUCGAUCAUAAUACUAGAUCAACAUCUUGGGAGAGACCUCAGCCUCUUCCACCUGGAUGGGAAUUAAGACGAGAUCCUAGAGGUCGUGUGUAUUAUGUAGAUCAUAAUACAAGAACAACAACUUGGCAAAGACCAAACUCUGAAAGACUACAACAUUAUCAACAAUGGCAAGGACAGAGGCAACAUAUAGUUUCACAAGGAAAUCAAAGGUUUUUGUAUCCUCAACAUCAAGCUGGACCAGUUGCAGGACCUUCAGUUAUUGCUGAUGAAGAUGAUGGCUUAGGACCUUUACCAUCUGGAUGGGAACGCCGUGUUCAACCAGAAGGUCGAGUAUAUUUUGUGAAUCAUAAGAACCGUACGACACAGUGGGAAGAUCCUAGAACUCAAGGGCAAGAGAUAAGCGAAGUAGAGGAGUUACCUUUGCCUCCUGGUUGGGAAAUAAGGUAUACUGAAGAUAAUAAAAGAUAUUUUGUGGAUCAUAACACAAAAACUACUACAUUCGACGAUCCCAGACCUGGAGCUCCUAAGGGACCUAAAGGAGUCUAUGGAGUACCAAGAGCUUACGAAAGAUCUUUUAAAUGGAAGAUAAGUCAAUUUCGAUUUUUGUGUCAAAGUAAUGCCCUACCAAGUCAUAUAAAAAUCCAAGUUACUCGCCAAACACUUUUUGAAGACUCCUUCCAUACUAUCAUGCGAUUACCUGCAUAUGAACUUCGUAGACGUCUCUAUAUCAUCUUUAAAGGAGAAGAAGGAUUGGAUUAUGGUGGAGUGAGCAGAGAAUGGUUUUUCCUAGUAUCUCAUGAAGCUCUUAACCCAAUGUACUGUUUGUUCGAAUAUGCAAACAAGAAUAACUAUAGCUUGCAGAUCAAUCCAGCUUCAUACGUUAACCCUGAACAUUUGACCUAUUUCAAAUUUAUAGGCAGAUUCAUAGCAAUGGCCCUUUAUCACGGUAGAUUCAUCUACUCAGGAUUUACGAUGCCCUUCUACAAACGUAUGUUGGGGAAAAAACUAGUAAUGAAAGACAUUGAAAGCAUUGAUCCCGAAUUUUACAAUUCUUUGGUAUGGAUAAAGGAGAACGAUAUAGACGAUUGUGGCUUGGAAUUGUUCUACAGUGUCGACUUUGAAGUUUUAGGUCAGAUUGUACACCAUGAGUUGAAGAAAAAUGGUGAUAAGGAAAGAGUAACUGAAGAAAACAAAGAAGAAUACCUGACUUUGAUGACUGAUUGGAGAAUGACUAGAGGUAUUGAACAACAAACUCAAGCUUUUCUAGACGGUUUCAAUGAAGUAGUACCUAUUGAAUGGCUAAAAUAUUUCGAUGAAAGAGAAUUGGAAUUGUUGUUGUGUGGUAUGCAAGAAAUCGACGUCGAAGAUUGGCAAAGGCACACCAUCUAUCGCCAUUACACCAGAAACAGUAAACCAGUUGCAUGGUUUUGGCAGUUCGUCAAGCAGUCUGAUAACGAAAAACGAGCCAGAUUGUUGCAGUUCGUAACAGGUACAUGUCGAGUACCAGUAGGUGGUUUUGCUGAAUUGAUGGGUUCUAAUGGGCCUCAACGCUUUUGCAUAGAAAAAGUUGGCAAAGAAUCUUGGUUACCACGUUCCCACACGUGUUUUAAUCGUUUAGAUUUACCUCCUUAUAAGAGUUAUGAACAAUUGGUAGAAAAACUGACGUACGCCAUCGAGGAGACCGAUACGUUCGGUCAAGAAUAAUCAUUCUUUCUUCUAAUAACACUGUAUCUGUACCUGAUUCCGACAUAUAAGUCUUAUUUCCAUCUAAAAGUCUUUUGUUUCUGAACAAUAUUUUUUCAUUGGGCGGGGAAGUAUGUUUAGAAAGUGCUAAAGAGUUCAUACAAAAUAAGUAAUUUAUCUAUGAAAUACUUGAAAGAUUUUAAAAAAAUUGUUUAAUUUAUCAUUGGUACAUUAAAGGUGAAUUCUAGUGAAUUGGUUAAAAUAUAAUAAAGAAAUUAAGAAGCAUCUAUUCAAAUAGAAUUUCAUAUAUAGUAAACCACAGUCAUAAGGAAACAUUUUUUAUAAAUGUUGUCCAAAAAAUCCGAAAUUCGUUGAAUAGCUUUAUAUUAAUACAAAAUAAAUUUAUUGAAAUCCUACAAAUUCUUCUCCAUGUUUUUGUAAAUUAAUUUUAACCUCAAAAAACUGGUAGACCCCACAUUACCUCAACUUCUCUUCUAUUUUUUUAAACGUAUUGUUACUACGAAUCCUUCUUCUCUUUUCCAUUAGGUCAUUUACGCAUUAGAUUCGGUUUGUCUCCCAAGGUUUCAAUAUCCCAUUGUUUUAAAUGUUUUGCCCUAAAUUUUUCCGCUAGUGUCAUCCUGCAUUUUGAUUAUUAACCUAUUUUUUCCAUUUUUUUAUGUGGCGUAAAUUCACUAAAUUUAUAUCCUUUGUUACUCUAUUAAUUAUUCCUCUAUAUUCACCUGUCAAUUCUAAUGGCCAAUAUUGCACCAAUAAUUUUUUGAUGUAUUAGAAUUGAAUUUAUCUUCCGAGGCUUUCUCUUUCUCCCGUCCUUUGAAAAGUUGAAUGUAAUAGUUUUUAUUCAAAAAAAUUUCCUCCCAGUUUUUUAUGGUAUCCUUUAAAAUAUGUUACAUUUUUUCUUAUUUCCUCAUUUUUUGAUUUUUUCUUAUAUACUUUUUGGUAAAAGAAAAUGUUUAGCUCCACAUAAAUACAAUGAACAAAAGAACAAAGGAAAAUUGUUAUCAUUGGAAAAAAUGGUAUAGUUUCAUAGAAGAAAGUGGAGACAAAGAAGAAUCAUUAAAAGAAUUAGAGAUACAAGAGAAAAAUAUCUGAACAGAAUGGAUAAGAAUAUAAGGAGGAUUCUAUCACAAAUAGCAAAAAGAGGAAAUUAUUGCAAAUGAAACCAAUUCUUCGUAUAUACUGAAGUAAUAGCAAGAGUAUGGAAAUAGUAUUAUCAAGAAAUAAAAGAUGAAGACAAAAAUAAAGUUACUUAUAACUUCAAAGGCACUUAAAUGAAUCUAAUAAACAAAAAUAUGAAAGAAUGAAUGCAGAUAAUAAAAUUAUAUUUUUAAAUAUACACAUUUGUAAUCAUUUGAUAGAUUGUAUGAAUUCUUGAGCAUUUAAAAAUUUGGGUUAAUGACUGACUUAAAAUUAUAAAACAAUAUUUAAUAUAAUCUUGUUUUGUUUACAUAGCAGAAACAAAACUUGGUGCCACUUAUUAUCACAUAUUGUUGGAAUUUUUUUGUCAUACUUUGAACAUUAGUGAUUUUUCUGUAGAUCCUAAUACAAUCUCAACUAUCUCGUAAAUUAUAAAAUAUUAUAUAGUGAAACAAAAGCAAGUGGAACAGAUAUUUACUAUUCUGCUUAUUUAUUAAGCAGUUUUAUUAAUCUCAGCUGCCAAAUAUUUCAUUCCAUUCAAACUUAAUCAAAAGCUGAGGAUAAUGUGUGGAUUGAAAAAAAUAAGUUUAUCGAAAUUAGAUAACGACUGAAAGUUGUUUAAAACCUAUGACUGAUAACGAAAAUCUUCAAGACUAAAAAAAUGGAAAUAAAUAAGAUCCGAUAAUUUCCACAUGUGUUUCAGACUGGCUCAAGCAUAUCAGGUCAGGAUGCGAUUAACCAAAAUGUAUUUCAUAGUUAAUUUAAAAUUCGGCUGUAAGAAUAAAAAAAUUGAAGGCUAAUUUUUCUUUGAUCUCACUGUGAUUUUGCAUAUGUCGUAACAGCAACAUUAUUUUAAGAGUCUAUGGUUUGGUUUGGGGUGUUUUCAAAAAUGAAGGAAUUUAAAUUAUUAAAUUUCUUUUACUGCCUGUAGAAUCAAUUAUACCUUAUAUUUUUGUCUUUUAUCUAGACAUGCUUGAAUCUGGGCCAGAUGUUAAGCAAUAACAACCAUUAGGAUAGUUAGUUGUGACCUAAACAUUAAAUUCCUCUUUUAAUCCUUUAUGCAGAGUAUAACACAUUUCAGAUAUCUUUGAGUUGCCUACCAUAUAGAGUAAUGAAGAAGUAUAAUUUUUAGUUUCUAAAAACUAGAAACUAAAAGGUCAUUAACUCUUAUGUAUCUUAGUACAAAUAGAAUUGUUUGAAUUGACAAUGGAGUUGAUGUUACAUUCUCAGGGACAAAUGUAACUUGUUAUUCGUCGUCGUAUAUAACCAAGAAUGUAGUUUUUCCAUCAAAAUACGUCACAAUCCUGUUUAGAAAAAAUUUUGUUUGUUUUCAAAUAUGUAAAAGAAUCUCACAUCUAUACGGUAGAGUUUAAACAUUAUAGGUCAAUCGGUAAAACCAAGCAUUACAAAGUAAUCAAUUCAGUGACAUACUUUAGUGUAAAAACAUUACCAUGCAUAAAAUAUAAGACUGAUCCUUACCUUUUACCCAUGUGAAACUCUGUAUUUAAGGUAUUUUCUGAUGGAAUUGGGGAUCUUUAAAAAAUUAUCAACUUUUGAUUGAGUUCUUGUGUAUUAAGCUGACUAUAAGAAUAAUUUAUAUGACGGAACAUCUUUGGGAAAGACUCAUUGUUAAAUGUGGGUUAUUUCGGAAGUAUUUUCCUUUUAUUUUAACUCAGGAUUCACUCCAUUUAGCUGUUUAACUGUAUUUACUUAAAUGUGAUAUCUAGUAAUAUAUUGGCCUAUCUUUGGUAGUGAAUGUAUUUGUUACUAUGAAAAAAGUUAGCAGAAUGCUAAAAUGUCGACAAAUUUCUGGAUAACUAGGGGUAAUAAGCAGAAUGACAUUAGAAUUCUACAUCAGAUAUUAUUUAUGGAAAUAUUUCUGUCGUCGAUAUUUUGUAGUAACAAAUUUUGAUGUAAAUAUCAACUGUCCAAAAGUAUAAAUAGCGAUUAUUUUUUCAAAUUAUCAUCAUCAUUAUAUUAUUCAACUCAAAGCAAAACAUUCCCGACUAAUAAUAUUGAACUGUAGAGUACUUAGACUCGAUGGAGAAGAACCAAAGGUUUUUAUUAUUUGUUUUCUAUAUACUGUAUUUUCAUUUAUCGAUAUUUACUGUAUAUUAUUUUAAACUCUGAUUGUAUAGUAUGUAAAUGAUAAAUUGUAUUGUAUGUAAAUAUCAUGAGUGUAUAUAUAGAACGUACUAUAAUAAAUUAUGAUUUAUUUCAGUGACAA